ACAUCCUGUAAUUUUGACAUAUAGUCGAAAAAACACUAUAAAACAUCCCUUUAGUUUAAGCCUGUUUAUUAAAAAUACCUAUAAAGAGACAUUUUUUGUUAUUAUUUUCCUUUUAAGUCACCCAUUUGCUCCCAGUGCUGCUGCUGUAGAAUCAGGCUAACAGGAGGAGGAGAAGCCCACUAUCUGUAGUGGUUUUAGCCACAGAGUGAGGAGGAAGUGCAGCUCUGGUGCCUCUUCACGCCUCUCAUCAAUGCAGCUUUCAUUCUCUCUCGGCGGGGCAAAAUGGAAGCUGUACAAAAGGACCGCUGGUACUUACUGGUACUCCUCUUUCUCACUUUUAUCAAAGUUGCUCUGCUGCAGAGAGAAGUGGAGACGGUUCGGCUGGAGGAGGGGAUGGUUCUCAGCUGCUUGUGUCCCUGGAAGGGGAACCUCAGCAUGGUGUCUUGGACGAAAACGUUCGAAAACAAUCCGGUGGCUGUGUUCCAUCCGGAGUUUGGCAAGUCCUUUUCCCACCGCUACAGAGACAGAGUGGAGUUCCUGAGGACCUCGCCUCUGGACGGGAGCAUUUCCAUAAAGAACGUCACCCAUCAGGACAUCGGGAACUACCAGUGUUCUGUCCAGACGUUCCCUCAGGGACCGUGGACCACAGACAUUCAGGUGGAGGAUUUAGAUGAACCUCCAAGCUUCAACAUCACAGAUACUGCUCUCCCAGAGGAGGCCCUGGCAGUCGCACAACUGGUAGAAGAGGAGAACAACGCGACCAUCAGGUGUAUUCAGCCUCACAACGUAACCAUCUACCAGGUGAUUCUGGAGAGGAAGCUGCGUGAGCACAUCUGGAACAUUAUUGGUGUCUGCAAGCAAGUGGAGGGAGGCCUGGUGAGUGAGGACUACAGCGACAGAGGCAGAGUGGACUGCGCCGACAGCCUGGAAGUCAGCCUGCACCUCACUGGUAUCGCACAGGAAGACAGUGGUUUCUAUCGCUGUACUUUUAAUACAGAUGUGGGCGUGCGGACCUACACCAUGAAGCUCAACGUUUCCACUCCAGGCGGAUUCAGCUUGAAACUAUACAUGAUGUACGUUUACAUUGGAGCUGGAGCUUCUGCAGUUCUCCUCCUCAUCGUCAUUCUCAUACUAGCAAUGAGGCGCAGAAAGCAAAGCAGGCGGGUGGAGUAUCGAGUCAAGCUGCACCCGUCUCAGAAACAGCCCAACGUCUAUGAGAACGUAGCUGUGUUCCCGCGGACCACAAAGAAGGCCGGCCAGUUGAGAAACAAUCCGGUCUAUGCCAACCUGCAGGCCGUGCGCUCGCUCCAAACUAGGCGUCAGAACAGACCGCUGUAGCCAAGCGUGUGAGAAGGUACUUCCUGCCUUCCCCAGCUGUUCGGCCACAUCGGUUAGGACUCCUCUGAUCAGACGCAGGAAGGAGUUAACAAGCUCUGAAAGCUGACAGGGCUGUCGGGGACGCUCUGACUAAUUAAAUGCGGUGUGUGAUUACUGUUGAGGAAACAUUUGUUGUUUUUUGGCACAACAGUACUUGACAGUGAGCGCCGUGCAGAGGAGGAGACAAAAGGCCGUGUUAUCAUUCUUUUCACUCCUCUAACCCCGAGUAAACCCAUUGACAAAAGCCUGUGUAAUUGUCCCCCUUUCACUCGCAUCCUUCCUGGUUUCCAUUCAAACCUUGACAAUAGUGUCUAAUCAUCUAACUGGAAAAGAAAAAAGAAGAAGCAGUCGCUCAGGAAUGCAUCACAUUCAGACUUCUGCUUCCCCGACCCAAUGGGUUUCCUUGUCUAGGAUGACUGCUUUCUAUUUGCAGCCUGCUCUCGGUGUGAAAUCUAAACUCUAAUUAGCAAAAUCCUGGGCUGCAGCUCCUUAUGCUGUGUGGAUUGAUGUGAAAAGUCACUUUUUUGUGAUGAUUUGUCAGAUGUUUUCUAGUCCUUUUGUACAUAAGUGUGUAAGGUUUGUGUAAUCACAUUCAUUUAUCUCCGUAGAAGUGGAGGCAGUGGCACAGACAGUAAUGGAAAUGCGGUAAUCUGAGGACACGGUAGAAAUGUGGAGCGUAAUGGGACAUUAAUGUGGAACCACAAGUUUUUUUUUCUUCUUCCUGGUUACGAGGAAACUGCAGAAGCCUCACGUUUGACUGGAAUGAUGAUGAUUGUGAUUCUGUACUUGUGAUCACAAAAAGUGAAACUGAUGUGUCUGGCUGUUGAUGACUCCUUGUGGCAAAAAAAAAAAAAACAGUGUUGGGUGAAUUUCCUGCAAAAAAAAAA